AGUGUAGUUCGUUGCCUCGUCGUGAGCGGUUGUCUGCCUUCCAUAUAGAGCCCAUUGCGACUUAGUUCCUCUCUUACCAGAGUUGGUAACACGAAAUACGUAAACCCAACGAAAACCCGUCGAACGCCUAACAACAACUUGAAGCGUGCAGCCAAAGCGAACCAUUGGAUUAUCGCGCACGUUUCUCAAACAAUCAGCAAACUAAAAACAACACAUCAAACAAAAUUUUAUUUUGACAAAAACACACAUGUUUUAGUUAAGCAAAUGUGACAAAACAUAAAAUUGGCCAUACAAAAAAUUUGAAAAAGUGAAUCAGUGAAAACUCAAACACAUCACAAAAACCAAACCGAAACACUGCAUUUUAAGUUCUGUUUAUCAACUAUUUAAUUUGCUGAAAACUAGAAAUUGUUGCCAAACAAUCUUCAAAGACAAACAAUAGCACUAUGGAAAACUGAAAAUCCCGAGGAAAAAUCCAAUAGAAUCGAAGCAGCAGCACAGAGAGAAAACUGAAAAAUAUAAAAGAAACACGAAAACCAAGAACCCAAGAUGCAGCGAAACAUGAUGAUCGCGUUCGUGGGCAUCUGGUGCAUUUUGGCCAGCAUUGGAGUGGAGCCCGCGGCGGGUUUGGCCAAUUGCCCGCCCGGUUGUCAGUGCGAUGAUAAUACCCUGGUGGUUCAGUGCGGCGAGGGCCAGCUGGACGUGCUGCCCAUCGCCCUGAAUCCCUCCAUCCAGCGACUGGUGAUCAAGAGCAACAAGAUCAAGACUAUCGACUCGUCCAUCCAGUUCUACGCGGAGCUGACCUUCCUCGAUCUGUCGUCGAACCACCUGAUGACCAUCCCGCAGCGCACCUUCGCCUACCAGAAGAAGCUGCAGGAGGUGCAUCUCAAUCACAACAAGAUUGGCCAGAUCAGCAACAAGACCUUCAUUGGUCUGUCGGCGGUGACUGUCCUGAAUCUGCGUGGUAAUCAAAUCUCGGAGCUCCACCAGGGCACCUUCACUCCGCUCCUGAAAGUUGAGGAACUGAAUCUGGGCGAGAACCGCAUUGGCUUCCUGGACCCCAAGGCUUUCGAUGGACUCACCCAGCUGCGCAUCCUGUAUCUGGAUGAUAAUGCCUUGACCACCGUUCCCGAUCCCGUGAUCUUCCAGGCCAUGCCCAGUCUGGCUGAACUCUUCCUGGGCAUGAACACUUUGCAGAGCAUUCAGCCCGGUGCCUUCCAGGAUCUGAAGGGUUUGAGUCGUUUGGAGCUGAAGGGAGCCAGUCUGCGCAACAUUUCGCACGACAGCUUUUUGGGUCUGGAGGAACUGCGUGUUUUGGAUCUCUCCGACAAUCGCCUGGAACGCAUUCCCUCCGUGGGUCUCAGCAAGCUGGUUCGUCUGGAGCAGCUCUCCCUGGGCCAGAAUGACUUUGAGGUGAUCAGCGAGGGAGCCUUCAUGGGCCUAAAACAACUCAAACGUCUGGAGGUGAAUGGAGCCCUCAAGCUGAAGCGAGUGAUGACCGGAGCCUUUGGCGACAAUGGCAACCUGGAGUACCUGAACCUUUCGUCCAACAAAAUGCUCGUGGAGGUGCAGGAGGGUGCUCUGAGUGGACUGCCCCAUCUGAGGCAUGUGGUUCUGAAGGCCAAUGCUCUUACUUCGCUGGCCGAGGGUCUGUUCCCCUGGAAGGACCUGCUGACCCUGGACCUCUCCGAGAAUCCCUUGUCCUGCGACUGCCGCGUGAUGUGGCUGCACAAUCUGCUGGUGGCCAAGAAUGCCAGUCAGGAGGAGGUUUCCGAGCUGAUGUGCGAGUUCCCCGAACGUCUGCGUGGCGAGUCCCUGCGUCAUUUGAACCCCGCCUUGAUGGGCUGCACCCAUGCCGAUCCUCGCAAGCAGGCCCUGAUUGGAGCCCUCCUCGUGGGAUCCGCUGCCACCAUUACUGCCUUGGCUUUGGUCUUGUACCGCUGCCGCCACAAGAUCCGCGAGACCAUCAAGGGAGGUCUGUGGGGCAACUCGGCGCUGGGCCGCAAGGAGCGGGAGUACCAGAAGACCUUCUGCGAUGAGGACUACAUGUCGCGCCACCAGCAUCAUCCCUGCUCCCUGGGCAUCCACUCCACCUUCCCGAACACCUACACGGCACCCCACCAUCCCGGAGUUGCCCACCAUUAUGGUAUGUGCCCCAUGCCGGUGAAUGAUCUGGGUGCCGUCGAUCCUCAGCAGAAGUUCCAGCAGUUGGCUGUGCCCACUGCCACAAUGGUCAGUGAGAAGAAGCUGAACAACAACAAGGGGCUGGUGUCGCAGGGAGCCAUCGAUGACAGUGCCUCGUUUGUGCUGCACAUGAAGUCGGCCACCAUGGGACGAGAUGUCCAUCAGGCGAAUCCCCAGCUGAACCAUUACACCAAGCCGCAGUUCCUCGCGGCCACGGCCACAGUGGGCGACUCCUGUUACUCGUACGCGGAUGUGCCCAUGGUGCACGGUGUCCCGAUGGGCAGUGCCCCAAAUCAACCGCAGUUGCGUCUCACCCAGGAGCACUUCAAGCAGCGCGAGAUGUACGAACAGGAGAUGGGCAGCGAGAUGCUGGACCACAACUACAUCUACAGCAACACCCACUACUCCAUGCCGCUGGAGCAGCUGGGUCGCAGCAAGACGCCCACGCCGCCCCCGAUGCCGCCAGCCCUGCCCCUGCGGAAUGGCCUGUGUGCCACCACAGGACGCAGAUCCUUCCAGCAGAAGUCCGCCGCCCAGAAGCAGCAGCAGCAGCAGCAGAACAACAACACCCUGCGUCAGUUCACGCACUGAUCCUCGACCUAUCGACGCAGGCAGCUGAGCAUCUAUGCUUAGUACUCCGCUGUCCAACACUGUGAUGCCAAAACCCCCCCAGAACCCACUAAAACCACUCCCUCCCCACAACACACAAUUAGCGUUUAGUUAGGCUUAAGGAAAACAUUGUAGUAGCUGUAAUCGGAA